CUAGACGGUGUGGACAGGGGUCAAGGGCCGUGCUUUGCCGAGCAAGCCAAAAGCCCGCCCCUCUCGAGCUUGACCCCUCAUCAUCCGCAACCGCAACCGCACAAUGGUAAGAGAGUGCACAGUGCGUACGGUGCGGCGGACAAAGGCAUUAGCCACAGCCCACUUUCUUUCCGUCGCUACACGUAAUUUCUGAGUGGCUUCCAAAAAACACUUGCAACACUCACCACAAGCCGUUCAGCUCUCUGGACCGCCACACUCCUCCAAAAUCAGGCUUCGACUUCACCGCGACCUUUUCCCAUACGACCCGAACCGUUAAUUUCUUUCCACUCGGCACCGCCCGGCGUUCUUUCUUGCGCAUCGCCGGAUUUCCGCUCUCGCACCCCGUCUCUAUCCCACGAUUGCCCCGCCUGGGAACGGCGCCCCAUCGACAAAAUGUCGCUCUCCAACUGCCGUUUUUACGAGGAGAAAUAUCCCGAGAUCGACUCGUUUGUCAUGGUCAACGUGAAGCAGAUCGCCGACAUGGGAGCCUAUGUCAAGUUGCUCGAGUACGACAACAUCGACGGAAUGAUUCUGCUCUCCGAGCUGUCGAGACGGCGCAUCAGAAGCAUCCAGAAGCUAAUUCGAGUUGGGCGCAACGAAGUUGUCGUCGUGCUGCGAGUUGACAAGGAGAAAGGUUAUAUCGAUUUGUCCAAGCGCCGAGUCUCCCCCGAGGACAUCGUGCGCUGCGAGGAGCGAUACAACAAGAGCAAGAUCGUGCACUCUAUCAUGAGACACGUGGCUGAAAAGACCCUGACCCCGAUCGAGGAGCUCUACGAGACAAUAGGCUGGCCUCUGACCAAGAAGUAUCGCCAUUCUCUCGAUGCUUUCAAGCUCUCCAUAACGAACCCGGAUGUGUGGAGUGACAUCAAAUUCCCUAGCGAAGCUGCUGCCGAAGAGCUCAAGUCUUACAUUGGAAAGCGCCUGACCCCUCAGCCUACGAAAGUGCGCGCCGAUGUCGAAGUAACCUGCUUCGGUUACGAGGGUAUCGAUGCCAUCAAGACAGCCCUUCGCACCGCCGAGGCGCGGAACACGGCAGAGACACAGGUCAAGUGCAGACUUGUAUCACCCCCGCUCUACGUCUUGACAAACACGUGCCUGGACAAGAACGCCGGCAUUGCGCGACUAGAGGAGGCCAUCGUCGACAUUCGUACGAGCAUCUCAGCGGCCGGGGGCCAGUUGGUGGUGAAGAUGGAGCCCAAGGCGGUUACCGAGUCGGAUGAUGCCGAACUGCAGGCGCUCAUGGAGAAGCGCGAGCGCGAAAAUGCCGAAGUUAGCGGUGACGAGAGCGUUAGCGAGAGCGACGACAACAUCCCAGCGACCGUUUAAAGGCUGAAUCGAAGAGAAUGGUCGCGAAUCAGCCCGCGCCAGAAACCGGUGCUCGGCCUCGACUUGUAUGGGAAGCGGGUGGUCCGAAGGGCAGCGGAAGGAGUAGUUCGUCUUUGCACAGAUCUGGCGUCUAGGGGUUAUCAAAAAGUCCUUGGGAUGAUAGAAAGAGUAGCCCGAGAUUGCGAAUAUGAUUCAUGAAGCGAAUACUAUGCCAGUAAACGGCAAACAGUCCUCAGUCCUCAGUCCUCACGCCUCAAGCUUGUACAACAAGAUAACAUUGGGCAUGUAAAGCAUCUGGAUU